AUGCCUGCCGUUCAUGGAGGUCGCAUGACCACUUUCGAAGACUCCGAGAAGGAGAGUGAAUACGGUUACGUUCGUAAGGUAUCUGGACCUGUCGUUAUUGCAGAUGGCAUGAAUGGGGCUGCUAUGUAUGAACUGGUGCGUGUUGGUAAUGAUAAUCUCAUUGGUGAAAUUAUUCGUUUGGAGGGGGAUUCUGCCACUAUCCAAGUUUAUGAGGAAACUGCUGGGUUGAUGGUUAAUGACCCGGUGUUACGUACACACAAGCCUUUGUCUGUGGAGUUGGGACCUGGAAUCUUGGGAAAUAUUUUUGAUGGAAUUCAGAGGCCUUUGAAAACUAUUGCAAGAAUAUCUGCUGAUGUCUAUAUUCCUCGUGGUGUCUCUGUUCCCGCACUUGACAAAGAUACACUUUGGGAAUUUCAGCCUAAGAAAAUUGGUGAAGGAGACCUAUUAACUGGUGGAGACUUAUACGCAACUGUUUUCGAGAACAGUUUAAUGGAACACCGUGUUGCACUUCCUCCUGAUGCCAUGGGAAAGGUUACCUACGUAGCACCGGCUGGCCAAUAUUCCUUGAAGGAUACUGUCUUGGAGCUUGAGUUUCAAGGUGUCAAAAAGAAGUUCACCAUGCUUCAGAGUUGGCCUGUACGUACACCAAGGCCUGUUGCAUCUAAACUUGCAGCUGAUACUCCUCUUCUUACUGGUCAGCGUGUUCUUGAUGCCCUUUUCCCUUCAGUACUUGGUGGGACUUGUGCCAUACCCGGAGCUUUUGGUUGUGGAAAAACUGUCAUUAGUCAAGCUCUUUCUAAGUAUUCAAAUUCUGAUGCUGUUAUUUACGUUGGUUGUGGAGAACGUGGAAAUGAAAUGGCAGAGGUUCUGAUGGACUUUCCACAACUUACAAUGACAUUACCUGAUGGCCGUGAAGAAUCUGUCAUGAAGCGUACAACACUUGUUGCUAACACUUCAAACAUGCCAGUGGCUGCUCGUGAAGCUUCAAUUUAUACAGGAAUCACUUUAGCUGAGUAUUUCAGAGAUAUGGGUUACAAUGUCAGUAUGAUGGCAGAUUCAACAUCUAGAUGGGCAGAAGCAUUGCGUGAAAUCUCAGGACGACUGGCGGAAAUGCCUGCUGAUAGUGGAUAUCCUGCUUACCUUGCUGCACGUUUAGCUUCUUUCUAUGAACGUGCUGGAAAAGUUAAAUGUCUUGGAGGUCCUGAAAGAACAGGUAGUGUAACAAUUGUUGGUGCUGUUUCUCCACCUGGAGGAGAUUUCUCAGAUCCCGUGACAUCUGCAACCCUCAGCAUAGUUCAGGUUUUCUGGGGUUUGGACAAAAAGCUUGCUCAGAGGAAGCACUUUCCUUCUGUGAACUGGCUUAUAUCUUAUUCAAAGUACUCAACGGCACUCGAAUCCUUUUAUGAACAAUUUGAUCCAGAUUUUAUUAACAUUAGGACAAGAGCUCGUGAAGUUCUGCAAAGAGAAGACGAUCUUAAUGAAAUUGUCCAGCUUGUAGGAAAGGAUGCUUUAGCUGAAGGAGAUAAGAUCACCUUAGAAACUGCAAAGCUUUUGCGAGAGGAUUACCUUGCUCAAAAUGCUUUUACUCCAUAUGACAAGUUCUGUCCCUUCUACAAGUCUGUCUGGAUGAUGCGCAACAUUAUUCAUUUCUACAAUUUGUCAAAUCAGGCAGUAGAGAGGGGAGCUGGUACUGAUGGUCAGAAGAUAACUUAUACCCUCAUCAAGCAUCGUUUGGGAGAUCUCUUCUAUCGUUUAGUGUCUCAGAAAUUUGAGGAUCCUGCUGAAGGGGAAUCCGCAUUGGUUGCCAAAUUUACUCAGCUACAUGAGGACCUGACUAAUGGUUUCCGCAACCUUGAGGAUGAAGCCCGAUAA